AGGUAAAAAGCUUGGAAUAGAGCUUGAGCUGCCAUUACUCGCGCAGGAUCUGCUCUGUUAGAAAACAGGGGCAAGUGGCUCUCUUGCCUGUUGGAGGUUAUGACUUGCCAAGCGUUUGCUUCAUCUGACGCUUUUGUACCCUUGAAUUCUGACUCUUCUCCCUCUCUGCCUCUGAUAAUGCAUCACAGCGCCGCAGAGUGCCUGCCGGUUUCUAACCAUGCCACCAAUGUUGUGUCUACAGUCCCAUCUGUUUUGUCUUUGAUCCAAACUCCUAUAUGCUCCCGUAUCUGCUUUGCCAUGACGACUUCGGGAAACACUUUGGCAGGCCUUCAUUACUCUGUGCCUUCUUGUCAUUAUGGAAACCAACCGUCCACCUACGGCGUGAUGGCAGGCAUCAAGCCUGCAACUCCAGAGAUGCUAUCAGCAAGUCUCUCCCAGAGCCGCAUCUUACAGACGUGCAGCAUGCCACAUCCCAAUGUGGUAAACGGUGUCAGCACCUUGCAAAGCAACCUGACCCCUUGCCUUUACAAAUUCCCGGAGCACGCCCUGAGCGCCAGCUCCUGUGCCCUGGGCCACGGCUUCACGCCCAUGCACCAGUCCCUCCUCGCAGACGAUCCUGCCACCGCAGACUUCAAGCAGGAGUUCCGCAGAAAAAGCAAGUCUGUCGAAGAGCCUGUCGACAUGGACUCCCCUGAAAUCAGAGAACUGGAGAAAUUUGCUAAUGAAUUCAAGCUGCGGAGAAUUAAGUUGGGUUAUACACAAACCAACGUUGGAGAAGCACUGGCUGCUGUGCAUGGCUCUGAAUUCAGCCAAACUACUAUUUGCCGGUUUGAAAACUUGCAGCUGAGUUUCAAGAACGCGUGCAAACUGAAAUCGAUACUGUCCAAAUGGCUGGAGGAAGCAGAACAAGUAGGAGCUUUAUACAAUGAAAAAGUUGGAGUGAACGAGCGGAAGAGGAAGCGCAGAACCACCAUAAGUAUCGCUGCUAAAGAAGCCCUAGAGAGGCACUUUGGAGAACAAAGUAAGCCUUCUUCUCAGGAGAUUAUGAGGAUGGCUGAGGGGCUCAAUCUUGAGAAAGAAGUUGUGAGAGUUUGGUUUUGCAACAGAAGACAAAGGGAAAAAAGAGUGAAGACAAGUUUACAUCAGAACGCUUUUAGUUCCAUUAUCAAGGAGCAUCACGAAUGCCGGUAAAGCUUUUCCAUGUAUAGAUGUGGAUUUCUGUUUUGCUUUUUGUAAAUAUUGUAAAUACUAUGUUGUUAAAAAAAAAAAAAAAAGAAAAAAAAAAUCAGUAAACCACUUGUUUCUCUUACAAGCUAGCCAGCUUCAGAUGUAGUGUGUUGCGGAAGACCCGAUUUUAAUGUAAAAGUUUGGAAACAAAUUAAAUGCUACUGCAUAUACUUAAAGAGUUGGAGGUCUCUGCUUAACUGUAAGGAACCUAUUAUGCAUUAUUCAAGUAGAAAUGCUUUCCAAGUUGCACAAGUAAUUGCAGUUUCCCUGUGCUGUGCCUUUCUUGCAUCUAUGAUAGAUUUAAUGAUUAAUGAAGAACUCCAUAUAGGUACCCUAAGCAUCAGGAAACAAAACCUUUGCAUUGUAUGUGAAGAAAGGUUGCAAAGCUUGAUAUCAGCAGCUGUAACAUUGAAAAUAUUUUGCCUCUGCAUGCCCGUGCACGUGCUUUACCCCCGCCCCGCAUUAACUAGCUAACUGUGCUAACCUUUGCGAGAUUAUCAGCCCUUAGGCCCAUGCCAGGGUCCCAUCUCCAGCGGGGAACACUGAGCAUCGGUGAGAAAUGAGAACGUCAGAGAAGGUGAAUCAGUGACCUUAAACAAGCAGUAGUGAUGCUACCCAAUGUCUCGUUAUGGCCAAGGAUGGGAUAUACCCAUGGGAGCUUGUGGGACUGCCACUAGACCUGAGCACCAGGUAGAGGAACCCUAGCUGAAUACCUGCCUUUCCAAAGAACAGCUCAAACUCAGCUACCCACUCACACCAGCUGUACACACCUGAGUGAAUCAUUUCAAGUGAAUUCUUUGUGUAAGUUCAGGACAAAGCCAUUAGAAAUGUGCCAUAAUUGCCGUCAUUAUUUACAGUAGAGUGAGCUUCCCAGUACGGAGGUGACAACACUGUUCCUACUGUGUGCUCUGCCUCAGCAUACCAUUUGACUGCCUGAAAUUAGUGCCAAGUAGAAGUGACUUUUUUUUAUGCUUGUUAUCAAAGGUAAUUCUUGCUAGUCUAUUAUAUGCCUUCAAGUUUGAUUUGGAUAGGCUUACCUAUAAAAAUUUGGAUACAAUUUACCUGACCUUAAGACUUUGUGACCUGAAGGGAAAAAAUUAGAGAAUUAUCACUGUUUUUAUUAAUUUGGGGUUUCUCUGCUUUGUAUUUUUUUUCUGAUUAAAUCCAUGUGUGGACAUACUUACACCAGAGAUAGUGUUUUAAACUAAAAAGAGAAGGCCCUUGUGCUCUGAAAUAAGUAUCCACACAAAGCAUUUAUUGCACUGUACAUUCCCACUCUCUUACACCCCACUAAUUGAAAAUAAUCUCUUACUUGUCAUUCUCUAGCUGAGAGAGAUAAUCGUGGGGGGGAAAAAAUCCCAGUGCCAGAGCUCCACCUAUCAGAAAGCCAGGCACCGAGAAACUGAAAUUAAUGACUGUAGUACCCACCAGGGAUAGAUUAUCCAGCUAUCUCAUCAGCCCUGCUCAUUGUUAUUAGAAAAGUCCAUUACCAUAUAUGUGUUUUUCACUGUUUUCCCAGGACUGAAAUCGAGUACCUGCAAGUAGUAAUGGCCAGAUACAUUUUAUUUUUCCAUAAACCAGACCUGAUGAUUUAGAAAAUGUCUAGAUAAUAGGCCCACAGAAAGCAAAAGGAGUUUAAUGUUCAAGACCACUUAGAAGCAGUGUGCACAAGUUAAGUGUUCUCUCUCUCGUGUACAUUAAAUUAUGUCUAAUACCUAUUACAGUGACCAUAGGCACAUUCAGCUAUGGAAUUAGGCUCCCAGAUUAAAAACAAAAAUACAUUUUUUUAUGGAUGAAUGCAUUGCUAUAACCCCUUAAUUUAGAAAAAAACCUUCAAUUUAAUAACUCAAAGGGGAGAAAUUGUGCUAUAUACUCUCUUCAGGUUGUUAUCAUCACUAGCAUAGAGCACAGAAAGACCAAGCCUUAGCCUUUAUCCACCACAUGUAUCGACAGAUCAGGAACUUUCCAAAAGGUUGAAAGAUAAAUACAGUUGAGAAGAUUAGCACUCAGUAAAGGUAGUAGCAUGCAUUUGUGUACCUUUGAUGCACUAAUGUUAUGUAUGUUCAAACUAUCUGAUAUGUAUAUAAAUUUUAUUUAUAUUCUAAGUUAUUUUCUUAAAAGGCUUCCUAGAAAUGCUAUAAGCCUGGACUUCCUCCCUCGCAAUAAAGUAUUCUUAUACAUUUGGUAUUUCAGGUAAUGGUUUGUAGUUCUGUUUUGGUAAUACUUUAAUGCUUUGUUGUGUAUC